GUUCUGAUAGGAGGAAACUAACUGAUAGAAAAACCAAAAUGCUGGUUCAGAUAUGAACUGAAUAGGGACAAUCUAGCACGAGGCAUUGAGGGUGUAUAUGAAAGAAGCCAGUCUGAAGAUUCUACUAUCUUAGUCAAGGAGGGGAGGGGGAAUAUGGAAUCCAGUAUGCUGCUUGAUUAUGCGGUUUUCCAGCUGUCACCAAAACGCUCUCGAUGUGAAUUGUUUGUUUCCAGUGAUGGUAAUACGGAGAAACUGGCAUCAGGAUUAUUAAAGCCGUUUGUGACCCAUUUAAAGGUUGCAGAAGAACAAGUUGCAUUGGCAGUUCAGUCUAUAAAGCUUGAAGUUAAAAGGUGUAAAAAUUAUGAAACAUGGUUCACAAAGGGAACUCUAGAAAGGUUUGUGAGGUUUGUUAGCACACCAGAAGUUUUGGAGCUUGUAAAUACCUUGGAUGCAGAAAUGUCUCAACUUGAAGCUGCCCGAAGAAUAUAUUCCCAGGGAGAAGGGUAUCAGUUUAGUAGCACAGGAAGUGGUGGAUCUGGAGUUACAGUAGCAGCUGAUGCAACAAAGAAGGAGUUAUUGCGAGCUAUUGAUGUGAGGCUUACUGCAGUACGGCAGGACUUAAGUACAGCUUCUUCUCGUGCAGCAGCUGCUGGUUUCAAUCUAGACACAGUAUCAGAACUUCAAAUGUUUGCAGAUCAGUUUGGUGCCCAUCGCUUGAAUGAAGCGUGCAACAAAUUUAUAUCCUUGAGUGAGAGGCGGCCAGACUUGAUCAAUCCGUGGAAAGGGGUGCCAAGAGAUGAUCAGGCUGUUCGGUGCUCUUAUGGAUCAGACAUGUCGAUUGACGAGGACCCUGCUAUAUCCGUCCAGCCAUCCACUCUGUCCCAUUCUACCAAUCAAGAAUCCUAUUUUAUCAAACAACAGCAACACCCACACCACCUUGACCAAUAUAUGCCCUUGAUAGGUCAGCAACUGACACCUCUCUUGCAACAUAGCAGAGAAUCGAACAUAAAAUCAGAAGAGAAGGGUAAGGAAAGGGAAGUCAUUGCUGAGAAAGAAAAGGAAGAGGACACUUCAUCCAAGAAAGCCGAAUCGACCGAGCAUAGUAGACAUAAAAGGCGGUUCAGCGUGCAGGACCGCAUCAGCUUGUUUGAGAACAAGCAGAAGGAGGAAAGUUCUGGGAGCGCUGGCAAGCCAGUGGUUGGAAAACCUGUAGAGCUUCAGAGGUUGUCAUCUGGUGUCUCAGUCCCUCCUGUCACUGAAAAGGCGGUGUUGAGAAGAUGGAGUGGUGCCAGUGAUAUGAGCAUUGAUUUGACUGGUGACAAGGACACUGAGAGCCCUCAAUGCACUCCUUCUGCCUCUGUUUCUCAGUCCAAGCCAAAGGAAAAGGCAUCAGGUUUGACUGAUACAGCAAGUUUUGGCAGGCCAAAUUUAUGUAGUGUUCCAUCUAUGGUUGGUAGCAGCAAAUUAAAUGAGCAGACAGAUGCUAAUUUGAGGGUUGCAUAUACAAAUGAAAAGGAAGAGGUGGCUGGUGCAAAGCAAUUAACUGGUUCUUGUAGGAAUAUUGAAGAUUAUUCCAAGUCUAUAUCAAAUUCUACUUCAGAUAUCUUUGAUAGUGAUGGAUGGAAAGAACAAGCUAGUGGAAAGGCUAGGUCAAUCACACUUAUUAGAAGGGAUGAGGAAAAGAGUCUGAAAAAUCAACUGGAACCUGGAGGACAGUUGCUCACAUCCCCUGGAAGUAAGAGCAAUCAAAUUGCUUCAACUCCCACUCCCAACUCAAACUUCAAGGGGUUCCAAGGGGGUGAUGAGUUUGUAGGGAGUAAAGGCCAAUUGGUUCAUCUGGCUGCUGGCCUGAAGAAACAAGGUGCUCAGCAAGAACGUGAAUAUGCGAAGGCCAAGAUUUGGAAUCCUGAGGAACCUGGAUCAAGUGAUCUUUCAGUUUCACAACGAGAUAAGGCCUCUCAAAGGACUACAGAGGACUCUGUGCAGUUGGAUAGUAGUUCAAGAGUAGAAGUUACAGAAUAUUUUCCUGCUAAAGGCAUUGAAAAUAAUUCUCCUUACCUGCAAUCAAGAUGGCGAUCACCUGGUGAAACUGAGGAAGUUGAAAAGGUUGAUUUGGCCCCGUCUGAGAAAGUAGCAAUUGCUUCUGCAUCAAAGGGAGAGGAUUUCAGACACCAACUAAUGAAGCUUAAAGAACAAGGUGCUGCUGAACAGAUCAGGAAGGCACAAGAUUGCAGACAUGAAAGCAAUUCUGGAACUAGCAAAGUGAUGUUGUCCGGCAAAAUGUUUAUGGAGGCUCAGGAGGGACCCAAGUCGUUUUUGACGCCCCCUAUAGGGCAAGUUCAGAGGGUAAGGCAGUCAAAAGGAAACCAGGAGUUGAAUGAUGAGUUGAAAAUGAAAGCUAAUGAGCUUGAAAGGCUUUUUGCUGACCACAAACUACGUGCCCCUGAAGACCAAUCUAAUUCUACCAGGAAGAGCAAGGCCAACGACAUGCAAGGAUGGCAAGUUGCAACUUCUUCCAACAAGAAGCCUGUUGUAGAUAAUUCUCUUGCUCAAUUAUCUGACAAUUACAUGUUGAGAGAACCUUCCACAAGUUCCAAUGAUAUAGAGAGAUCUGCUGUUACUCCACCGACUAAAGAGGCUAACAAUCAGACCUUUGGAGAUUUUUUAAAUAGGACUUCCUCUGAGCUAAGCUUUUCAGAUUGCUCCCGAGGAAAAUUCUAUGAGAGAUAUAUGCAGAAACGGGAUGCAAAACUUAGGGCAGAAUGGAAUUCUAAGAGGGUUGAGAAGGAAGCCAAACUGAAGGCAUUGGAGGAUAGCCUAGAGAGGAGUAGAGCUGAUAUGAAGGCCACAUUUGCAGGAUCCAUUGACAAGGGCAGUGCUGUUUCUGGUGCUCGUCAACGUGCUGAGAGACUUCAAUCAUUUAAUUCUAGGUCCAUUUUGAAGAGAGACCAGCAACAAUUAGUUUUUGAGCAAAGUGAUGAAGAAGAAGGUAUUUCUGAAUUUCCAAAGCAGAAAAAAUAUGGUGAAGACAGGUAUUUUGAUGAAACAUUUGUUGGGGAAGAUGGUUCUAAAAACACUCAGAACAAGAAACAAUUACCUGUCAAAAGUUUUUCUUCGUCCACACCUCGCACUUCACUAGUACCUGUUCCAAGGUCUGGCAAGAAAGUUUCUAGUAGUUCUUCAGGUAGACGAAGGUUUCCAUCUGACAAUCCUCUUGCUCAGUCUGUCCCAAACUUCUCUGACAUCAGAAAGGAAAACACCAAGUCUUCUUCUGCAGUUGGUAAAACAACUCGUUCACAGUCUAGAAACUAUACCCGUGAUAAAAGCUCCAGAGAAGGGGUAUCUCUUGUCAAGGAGGACAAAUCAUGGAGAUCACAAUCCUUGAGGCAAAGCUCUGCCAAUGUGGGAGAAUUUAGGGAAGCAUCUCCGUUGAAUUCAGAUGGUGUUGUGGCACCACUCAGGUUUCAGAUGGAGCAAAGUCUCAAUGAUAAAUUUCUAAAAAAAUCAGACUCGCAGACUUUCUUAAUAAAGGGUAAAGACCCUGUCUUCAGCACUAGAGCUGGUCUGACUAAGAAAGGGUCGCCUGUCAUAUCUAAGGUUCAGGACAAUGAUAACGAAUAUGAUGACAUGGUCCUUGAGCCUAAAGAUACAGCAGAUAGGCUCCAGGAUAAGGAAGAGGAAGAAUUUGAGAACAUGACAGCUGAACUUCGGUCAUACUUUGAUAAUGGGGAGCCAAGACUGAGCCAUGAUUCAGAGAAGAUGGUGACCUCUGGAUCAGAAAGUGGUGAUGUUUUGAGGUCAUUUUCUCAGGUGGACUCUGCUCUGGAAGCUGUAUUGCCUUCUGACUUUCUUUCUGGUGGAGCCGUACAAGAUUCUGGGGGAGAAAGUCACGUCUCAUGGAAUUUACAUGCUCAUCACCCUUUUUCUUAUGCUCAAGAGAUAUCUGAUGUUGAUGCAUCUGUGGACUCGCCUGUGGGAAGUCCUGUGUCCUGGAAUUCACAGUCUCUAAGUCAGACGGAGAGUGAUGCAUCUAGAAAUAGGAAGAAAUGGGGAAUGGCUCAGAAACCUAUGUUUGUGGCGAAUUCUGCUCAAAGUCAAUCGCGCAAGGAUACAUCUGGAGGAUUUAAACGGUUAUUGAAAUUUGGGAAGAAAAAUCGUGGCACAGAUAACUUAGUUGACCUGAUUUCUGCAACUACCUCUGAAGGAGAUGAUGACACAGAAGAUGGACGUGAUCCUUAUAAUCGAUCUUCAGAAUAUCUUAGAAAGUCAAGAAUGGGCCUCUCACAAGGGCAUCCACUCGAUGAUAGCUUGUGUGGGGAUGAGGUUUUCAGUGAACAAGUUCAAUCCUUGCACACUUCUAUUCUGGCACUUCCAGAUAAUUUCAAAUCGAAGGAGGAUUAUUUAUCAGGGAGCUCAAUUAAAGCUCCAAAAUCAUUUUUUUCCUUAUCGACAUUCAGAAGCAAAGGAAGUGAUUCAAAACCAAGAUAGGUCUUUUCAAAGUAUUAAAAGUUCCCACUGGUUAAGCAAUUGAAAGUUACUUCACGAUAUUCAAACAAUAAUUUACAUAGAGACUGAGGUAGGCUAUUCUACAAUCAUCUAUGUAUGGUGUAUAGUUAGUGUAUCAUGUAGCUUGAGAGGGCCUUGCUUCCAGUUUAGCUAUCUCUAGCAAUUUUCUCGGAAUAUAGUUUUGUAUAUUAUCUUAAGAUGACGGUCCCUGAAUAGGAUGUUUAUGUGAUUUUGUAAGUUAGAGCCAUUCUUUUCUUACAUUGCCAUAUACAUUGAUUUUGGGUAAAUAUCAGAAGAUGGAAUUGUGUUCAAAAAUCAAAUGUUGCGCGAGUAGAAGGUAGCUAUUUGAUCUGCUGUAUUAUAGCUUGUAAUAUAAGGCAUAUCGCGAUGUAUAACCUUGUU